GGCCGCUCGCCUGACAAACGGCCGCACACCUGCCAGUGUCCUGGAACGCGCACUGGCUAGAGUCCUCAGCUGCUCCUUGCCGCCUCUUGCCAGCGACCAAAGUCUAAUGAGUGCGACAGCAGCGGAAAUUGAAUAUUGAGUGUAACCAAGCGGAUGCAACAGGAAAUCACAUUAACCGUAGUCGCAGCAGCAGCAGCAGCAUCAGCAGCAGAAACAUCAGAAACAGCAGCAUCCUUUUGCCAUUAUCCCUGCGGCUGCGAAAGGUAUAAGGGAGAGCAAAAGCGGAAGUCUUAGCCGUAAUGCCUUGCGCCUGAGUGGCUGCCUAGCAUGGGCUGCUCCAGCUCCAAGACCGCCCCAACGAUAGACGACAUUAAAGCUCCCGUGUCAGCCAGGUCAAACACAAUGGCCAGCAGUAAGGCAUACCCUGCCUCGGAGGCCUUUACCAUUCCGCUGGACACCGAAGAGCAGCCGGAGAUGCCUCUCAACGAGACCUUGAGACAGCCACCCAAGCGCAUUCAGCAGAUAAUGCAGGAGGCGGCCCACUCCGAGCCGCCCACACUCGAGGAGCUGAAGGACAAGCAGCAGAAGGCCGAGCAGAGGCGCCAGGAGUUGAUGCAACAGAAGCUGGAAACGAUCCAAAAGAAUACCCAGAUGCUGAUGCGAGGACACAUGGAGGGGGACGGCAGUGGAGAGGGUAAUCCAGAGGAUAGGGAGUCGCCGCAGCCGUAAAAUCCAUAGCCCAAAUACGAGUGCACAUUUCGAACCCUGCACUCUGCAAAUUGAACGAUUUCCCAGCCUGCUUUUCAUUCACAUGUUUUAUUGUUAGCUUUAAUUCAUAUAUGUAUUACUAUAUAUAUCAUAGUGUAUUUCCAAACAAUUAGAUUGUUUGCAAUUAAACCUCCUUUCCACUCAACAACACUCCAAAACGCUGUCCCACUCGUACUUCACUUUACUUUACUUUACUCAUCUUACGAUUAUAUUUGUGUGUACUUAAUGUUCUGGUAAUCUGGUUGUAUCUAUGUUAUCUAUAUGUAUAUAUGUAUGUGUUAGGUUGGUUUGGCUCGAUUGGUGUUUUGGUGUUUUGGUUUUG